AUGUUUUCGUCAGGUGUAACUUUAUCUAUUCUAGAAAUUCCAUCACGUUCAUCAACUGAUACCGUUGAUGUUUUAUUAACAAGUGAUGAACAUGAACGUGGUUGGCCACAAGGAUUAUUGGUUAAAAAUCUUGUUGCUACACAUGAUGGUCAUUUAUUUGUUACAAUUUAUUCAACAAAAGACGUUGAUGAAGUUGAUCCUAGUUUAUCAAAAUCUACUAAAAGAUUGUUAGUUAUAAUUCCAUUUAGCCCAACAGUUAAUAUUGAUUCAACUUUCUCUUUAAAUGGAUUUUAUGUAUUAUCAUAUGAAAAUGAGAUAUUAUUAUCUGUUGAUUUAAUGCUUGAACAAAUAUUUAAAAUUAAUAUUCAUACAAAACAAGUUGAAUUAUGGUAUGAAAAUGAUUUAUUGAAAAACCAUUCACAUGAUAUACUUAUACCUGAUAUUAAUAGUAGACGUUGA